AUGGUGAAGAUAUUCGUCUCAUCUUCGAAUGUCCCCAUUGGAUAUGUUGUUCCACGUUUUCCUUCUAUAUUCUGGCCCCUAGGAGCUCAGAGCGAUGAAUUUCAUGCCCUGUAUCUCUAUUUUGCCAGAGACAUGUGGAGAUUCACAUUCUAUUGGACGAUAGUGAUGUUUGCGGGCUUUUACUACUUUACAGGGCUUUUAGCAGGGCUAAUAUAUCUCCGUAAUAGGGUGAGGAACUCGAAGCCCUCCUCCAUCAGCGCUUUGAUGCUCGUAGAGUCUGUGGCUAUUGUUUUUAUAUAUACUUCUGUAGGUGUAACGCAGGGAGUAAUAGUGGGUGCAAUUGUAGGCUUGCUCCUCCUGUCGGUUUAUAAGGCUGGAUCGCUAUACAUGAGUAGCUGGAUCCCAUUUGUGUGGUCCAUUGCGGGGAUUUUGUUCAAUGUUGGUAGUAGUUACCUGUUGAGUCUGGUGGUAUUGUGA